AUGGCGACGUCUGCAACGACACAUAAAAGUACUGAACAUAAACAAUCAGCAAGAAAUGGUCUUUCACUUGUUUGGCUUGAUGAUAAUGCUGGUCAAGAUCCAAAUGCACAAGAAAUAUUUCGUGCUCUUUUCGAACAAGUUUUUAUAUUUACCGAUAGUGCAGCAUGUCUUGAAUUAGUUGAAUCAGCUGAAACUGAAACACCAUGUAUAUCACUUCUUGUUUCGGGUAAAUAUGGUCAAAUGUUUGUACAUGAUCGUUUUCAACCAUUAAAUCCAAUUAAAGAUAUUUAUGUUUAUUGUUUUGAUACUGCCAAACAUAAUCAAUGGGCACAACAAUGUGAUAAAGUUCGAUGUGUUGAUUCUGAUUUUGGUAUAAUACUUAAACAUAUGCAACAAGCUGUAAAUAAAACUUUAAAACAACACCACCACCACCACCAACAACAACAACAACCCAUUGAUGAUCGACAAGAACAAGAAGAAAUACAAGACGAACCUGAAACGAAAGAAUUAGAACGUUUUUUAGAUGAUAAUAAUUUAUAUGAUCAACUUGCGCUUGAUAUUUUACUUCAAAAUGCUGAUCAUGAUGAUGGUAUUGAAGAUUUUAAAAAUUAUUGUCAAACACAUGUAGAAAAUAAUAAUGAAGAACAAGCAAAUGAACAAGAAAAAUCUUUUAAACCAAAUAUUCCAAUUAAACAAUGGUAUAAACAAGAUUUAGUUUUUAUUAAUUUAAAUUCAAUUAAUUUAACACAAUUAUGGACACUUCGUUGGUUUAUAAGAUUAUUUUAUCGACAAUUAACUAAUGAAUAUGAAGAUUUUAUUCAAGAUAAAGAAAUUAUUAAAGUUAAUUAUGGUUCAUGGUUAACUACAGAUGAAUUCGAUGCAAUGAAACAUCGUAUUGGUGAACAUUUUAUUUUUACAGAACUUCUUAUGACAUAUGCAAAUAGAAAUAAUGCAUUGGAGUCUAUAAAAGAUGAGAAAAGUGAACAAAAAAAAUAUAAAGUUAUAUUUGAAAUAACUGUUAAUAAAAAUAAUCAUCAUACUGUUCCUUAUAGUGAAAUUCAAGAUAAUGAAGUUUUAUUUUGGUUUGGAUCUCGACAUCGUAUUAUGAAAUUAGAAUAUAUUGAAAAUCAAGAUGAAGAUAAAGAUUCAUAUUGGUUAAUUGGUGUAAACUUAUGUACAACACUUGAUAGACAAGAAUCUAUUGAAACUUUAUAUGAAUAUUAUCGAAAAGAAUUAAUAGAAUUAAAUAAUAUUCAUUAUGCAUUAGGUCGAAUUCUUAUGUAUAAAGGUUGGUAUUAUGAAGCAGAAAAAUGGUUACAAACAACUAAUCAUUAUAAAGAUUUAGCUGAAUUAGCUAUACGUCAAAAUCAAUGUGAACGAGCAAAUCAAUAUCUUGAACAUUUAUCAGAAGAUUCUGAUGAUGCUAAUUUAUUACGUGCAUAUGUAAAUUUAUUAUCAUCAAAUGAUAAUAUUGCAAAAGGACGUACGCUUUUAAUGAAAAUUGGUAGUGAUGCAACAGAUAAAAUUAUUCGAGCUCGAGUUAAUAUUGGUCUUGGUUUUAUUAAUUUAGUUGUUUCACAACAAAAUGAUCAAGCAUUAGAUUAUUUUAUAUUAGGAAGUAAAACAUUAUGUAAAAAUUUACCUAAUAUUCAUCCUGAUAUUGCUAAAUCAUAUAUUGGAAUUGGUUAUGCAUAUUAUGCUCAAAAUAAAAUACAAGAUGCUGAAAAAUAUUUUCAAAUGGCUUUAACAAUACAAAAACAAUCAUUACCAUAUAUACAUUCUGAUGUUGCUAAAACUCAUAGUGGUAUUGCUCAUUGUUUAUCAAUUCAAAAACAAACAAUUCAAAAAGCAUUAGAAGAACUUCAAUAUGCAUAUAAUAUUUUAAUGCAUACAUUAUCUCGUGAAUAUAAAAAACAUCCACAAAUCUUAUUAACUAAAAUUGAUAUUGAUAGAAUACGAAAAGGAAAAGAAUUACAUGUACGCAAUACAUUACUUGAUUAUAUUUAA